AUACGCCUAUAUUUUCAGAUCACUACGAAUAUUGUUCGCAACGUUGAUAGGGCAUCAAACAAGCUCCUUCUUAAUUUCACAAUCGAUAAAGAACCAGAAACCAUCCAUAUGGUACAUGAAGAUGAUAGCAGCAUAAAGAAAUGUACACGGCAAGAUCAAGAAAAAAAUACUGACAAAGAUGACACAGACGGACUCACAGAUGUUCUUGAUUUCGAAGAAAUAACUAAAACGUUGAAUGAUGACGUAGAUCUAGACUUGAGUGAUAAUGAGUUGGACAUAAACGAUGGAAGCCCGUUUAUAGACAGAGCUAAAACCUUUAAUGUUGAAGAAUUGUUCAGAGGAAAAAUCAAUAAUGAUUUAAAUGAUAUCAGCAGUAAGAAUAUAAAUAAUGACAUUGGAGACAUUAUGAGCAAAGCUUUCAAAGGGAAAGAUAAAGUUUGUAUUAAAAAGGCUAAUGAUAAUGUAAAUAGUCUUAUUGCUGUUAAAAAUGAAGAUACUAGCAGCACGUUUCGUGAUGCGGAAGAAGUGCUCAAGGCUAAUAUUAAUGAUCUAACACCAGAUUUAACAUUUAAUGAUGUUUCAAUGAAUGCUAAUGAUUUAAAUGAUAAUGAUUCAAAUCUAGUUGACACUUUCAACAAUUUUAUCUUAGACCACGACUAUUUCGACGAGAAAUUUCUACUUGAAACUGGCGAUUCUGAAUUUGUGAAAAAACACGUCAUUUCUAAAAAAACCGAUGAAGAUUCUUUACUUAGAGAGAUAAUACCUAAUGUGGGUAAUAAAGACGAAAAAGUUAUCUUCAAAAAACGAGAUACUAAUAAAACUAUGAAUAAAAAAACGAUCAAACCCGUUAAAAAUCUUUUUAAAGUGAAACUUAUUAAUAAAGGAGCUAAACUAAACAAUGGCAAAAAUAUCUCAAAGGCAUCUAAUAAUAAAAAUGAUAAAACAUUUAAAAUUGAAGAUGAAUCAACAUCAAAUGAAAAAUCGACUUCCGAACCAAUAAUAACUAAAGCGGAACUACCAAUUGAUGACAACAUUAAAUCAGAAUUGUCAAAAGAAUUCAUAAAAUUUGGAUCUGAUUUUAACUUUAGGAUCUUUGAGCUAAGUCAAGAAGAGCAGUUGGAAGAGUUGCAGAAGAAGAGAGAAGGAGCGCUGUAUGUAAGCGCGCCAUACAAAUGUGUUGACUGUGCAAAAGGAUUCAAGAGUAUGACGACGUACGAGAACCAUUUAAAAGUACACGAAUCGAGUUACGGGUCAUUCUCGUGUGACAUCUGCCACUCGCGGCACAAGUCCGAGGCCCGUCGACGCCGCCACGCCGACACGCACCGCUUCAAGUAUUGCUGCACGCGCUGCGAGGAAGUGGCUAGAUCCAGGCAAGGAUGCUUGGAGCGGGCGGAGUCGCAUUUUCACUGGCAUGCUGGGAAGACAUUCCCGUGCCAAUACUGCGGCGAACAAUUUGGCAAGGCGUCGACCCACCUGUCGCACAUACGUCUGCAGCACCCGGCCGCGUGCGUGUGGUGCGCGCAGUGCGGGGCGCCGUUCGUGGGAGCCCUAGGGCUGCGCCAGCACAUGCGCCGCAGGCACCCUACCGUGGCCAAUGGCGAGGACUCGGCGGGGUUGUAUUGCUUCACGUGCCGCAUGCAGUUCCACAACUCGGACGCCUAUCUUCGACACAAGUCAGAGACCAGCUGUCAUGUUGAUCUACGUUUUUGUGCCUCAUGCGGCGACGGUUUUCAGUCGGAGCAGGCGUUGUUGCACCACCGUAAACUGCACUCAGACGCGCCUGUGCAGUGCCACAUGUGUCCCGCCUGGUUCUCAAGUGCGCACUCCCGCGAGGCGCACUGCCGGCGCGCGCACCUCGGCGCCCCGCGAGCGUCCACGCCCCGCGCCGCGCCGCGGAACCCCCGCCCCCGCCGCCCGCCCGUCAACAAACCCGCCAUGUGCGAGCUUUGCGGGAAGAAGUACCACUCCGCAGCCGCCCUGUCGUACCACCAGCGCACCCACACGGGUGAGAAACCAUUCGCCUGCACGCGAUGUCCGAAGAGCUUCGCUCUCAACCACUCGCUGCAGGCGCAUAUCCGCACGCACACAGGGGAGCGCCCGUACCGCUGCCCGCGGUGCCCGCGCGCGUUCCGCAACGCCAACAACCUAGCCCGCCAUAAGAAAACUGUACACCUGGGUCAGAAGCAGUACUCCCGCUGCGCGGUGUGCCGGCGCUGGCUGUCGUCGCCGAGCGCCGCGCGCCUGCACGCCGCCGCCCUGCACGGCGCGAGCGGCGCGACACACAACGCCACAUAG